AUGACGUUCACGAGCGACCACGCGUUGUUCUACGCCCUGGGCUCGCGCGUGGUCGAGGCGGACGCGCGCAUGGCGAGUGACUCGAGGGUGGUGGAUGCGAACGCGCCGCUGGGCGGUUGGGCUGUGCGGGUUUUUGAAAGUAACGCGGACGUCGUGAACGGGCUAGACGUCGACGUGAGCGGACGAUGCUUAGCGGCGUGCGAUGAUUCGGGUGAAAUUGUGGUGUACGACGCGCGGACGGGUGCGGUGGUGAAGCGGUUGCGAGGGCACGACGGGUGCGCUACGGCGGUUGCGUUUCGGCGCAAGCGCGGAGCGGAGAGCGAGCUCCUCACCACGGCGACAGAUUGUCGCGCCAUGAAGUGGGAUCACAGAGCCAAGACGGUGCCCGUGCGAACGUGGGACGCGAGGUCCGUUCGAAGCGCGCGCGAUCACGAUCGCGCGCACUCUGGCGCUGCGGAUGAAUCGAGCGACGACGGAGGCCAGCGCAUGUUUAAUCCGCCGAUGUUGCACUCCGUGAGCGCGUUUGAGGGCGAGACUUGCGCCGAGAACGCCCCCGGCGCGAGGCGCGUCGCGUGCGCGGCGUGUGGUGAUGGCACGAUCAUGGUUUUUGACGCCGAUCUCAAGGCUGUUGCGUCGUCGUCGGGCAAGAAAUUAUCGAGUGCAUCCUCGAAGGCUCCAGGCGGAGCGUUUCGCGACGGACGAGCCGAAUGCGUCCGCCUCGGAGAAGACGGCGUUGGUGGGCACGCCAAUGCGGCCACGUGCGCUGGUUUCGUACCUUGGCUCCCUCGCGGUGACAUUAUCGUUUCCGGAGGCGCCGAUAGACGACUCAUCGCGUGGAACUGGGUCAGCGUGAGCACGCCCGGCGAUUUCGUCGACGACCCCAGUGCGCGCGCCUCCGGCGUCGUCGCCGAUCUCCCGCUCAAUCGCAAGAUUAACGAUCUCGCGUUCGUCCGGGACUCGCGUCGCAUCGUCGUCGUCGAUACCGGCCCCAAGGUCACCUUUAUCGACUUUACCGAGUGA